CUCCAUCCACUCACAGUCUAUCUGGGACUUUUGUCUGCACCAUCUGGACUCUCUGGGUUGUGAAUUGCUUGACUUUCGUACAAAGACCGGGACUGUUCUUCAGUCAUGGUUCGGGUUUCACUACCCGUGUGUGUGUCUCUUCUGUGUGCGCUCCAGGUUAUUGCUGUCGUGAAGGCCAUCUGGAUUCCCCCGAGGAAACCAUUGAAAGAAAAUACAGAGUACCCUAACGUUGUUGCCAAGAUUCAUUCAGAUUUUGAUGAUGGCAAGAAUAUUCUCUACUCUCUGGAAGGCAUCGGUGCAAACCAGUAUCCCUUCCAUGUGUUUGUAGUUGACCCUGAAUCUGGAGAUAUCAGUUUGACUCAAAAGCUUGACAGGGAGUACAUCUCUUUGUACAAUCUGUCAGGUGUUGCCAGGUACAGAGAUGGCAGCCUGGCAGAAGACAAGGUUGACAUAAAUUUCAAGGUUCAAGAUGAGAACGACAACUCUCCGGUGUUUGGAGACAUCCAACAAGGGACGGUGAAAGAGCACAGUACUGCAGGUACUCCAGUUAUGAAAGUAACUGCAACUGAUGCUGAUGAACCAGGGAAUGAGAACUCUCAGAUUGCCUAUUCCAUCAUCAACCAGAAUCCAGCUCAUGACAUGUUCUACAUUACCAGUGAUGGGACCAUCUAUGUCAGAGAUUCUGCCCUGGACAGAGAGAAAGAAAGUCAGUACACCUUGACGGUGAAAGCACAGGACUUAAAUGGCAAACCAGAAGGAAACAGUGCAACUGGCACUGUUGUCAUUAAAGUGGAAGAUGUGAAUGAUCACCUCCCCACACUGGAAAAAGAGGAGUAUGAGGGCAGCAUUGAGGAGAACACACAAGGUGUGGAGGUGAUGAGAUUAAAAACAGAGGACCUCGACCAGAAGGGCACAGACAACUGGGAAACUAUAUUUGACAUUGUUAAAGGCAAUGAGGCAGGAUACUUCAGCAUUAAAACAGAUCCCAAAACCAACGAAGGGAUCCUAAUGCUCGACAAGGCUGUGGAUUAUGAGGACGUGAAAAACCUUGAACUGGGAAUAGGUGUGAGAAACAAAGCACCAUAUAUUGGACCUGAGGGAAUUAGUGGAACUAGUAUAAAUUUCGGAGGUGGAGCAAGUGGAGCAAGUGGAGCAAGUGGAGCAAGUGGAGGAGGAGGGCGGGAGGGAGGAGGAGGAGGAGGAGCAGGGGGGACUGAGGCUUUCAUCUGGAGGAUCAUCAUGGCAAACUGGAUCCACAUUUAAAACUUAUCCAAUCAAAAUCAACGUGAAAGAAUCAACUGAGCGCCCAGUUUUGAGCCUAAAGUCAAAGCUAUUCCCAUCUCAGAGGGAGGCCACACCAUCAACAUUAAAGAUGUUAUUGAGUAUCCUGCAAUAGAUGGAGACACUGGAAAACCAGCUGAAAAUGUCACGUGAGUAUAUCAAGGGUCGGACCCUGGCAACUGGCUAACCAUCGAUCCAAAAACCGCUGAGAUCAAACUGAACAAGAUGCCUGACGGAAUCAGUUUACUGGUUAAUGGGACAUAUUUUGCUGAAGUACUGUGCAUUUCAGAAGACAUGCCUGCUAAAACAGCCACCGGCACCGUAGCCAUCCAGGUGGAAGAUUUUAAUGACCACUGCCCCACCCUGACCAGUGACUUCCAGACUAUGUGUACCACAAGUGACUCUAUAAUUGUGAAUGCUAAAGAUGAGGAUUUCUUCCCUAAUGGACCUCCUUUCCACUAUGUCAUCAUCCCAGAGGGCACUGAAGGGAAAUGGCAGGUGGAGCAUCUCAAUGACACUGCAGCUAUCCUGAGGGCCCAGGAGUCCAUGUGGCCUGGUACCUAUGAGGUGGAAUUUCUGGUGAAGGAUGCGCAGGAACAUCAUUGUGCAGAACCACAGAAAGUGAAGGUCCAAGUUUGUACCUGUGAUGAUGGAGUGGUGUGUGGAAAAAGAGGUGCCAAUGGUCAAUCCAGCAAAGGAGCAGAGUUUGGACCUGCAGGCAUUGGACUGCUACUCCUGGGCCUACUGCUCUUACUACUCAUUCCUCUGUUGCUACUCUUCUGCCAAUGCGGGGGGGCUGCAGGCCUCCCAGGGGGCUUUACUGAGCUGCCUUUUGAUACCAAAUCACACCUCAUUAACUACCGCACUGAAGGCCAAGGAGAGAACACGGAGGUGCCACUUCUGAACCUGCCAACACAAAUGGAUGGAGCAUUAAUAGAUAUGGGCAUGGCUAAGCAAAGUUCAAUGGCGCCCAUGGGAGGAUUUGAUUUCCAGAAAUCUGUCACUUCCAUGGAUGGGAUGAAUGGGGGAACUUAUCAUGAUGGUUUUACAAGUGUCUACAGAGAAGGGACGUUUGGGAUGAUGAACCAGCCAAGUGGCAGUGGCUUCUACGGAAGUGGAUUUGAACGCAGAGAAUCGGCAGAAGGUGGAGAAGUUUAUAAUGGCAUGGCUUUACCAGAUCACUUCCUGAGACAGUACUACAGUCAGAAGGUGGCCAGUGGAAAUGAGAACCUUGGAGUGAAGGAUGGUCUUUUGGUUUAUGACUUUGAGGGCCAGGACUCCUCUACUGGCUCAGUGGGCUGCUGCAGCCUCCUGGAGUCUGACAAUGACCUGCAGUUCCUUGAUGACCUGGGGCCAAAGUUCAAGACCCUGGCUGAGAUGUGCGGAGGCAAGAAGAUCUCAACUGAGGUCAAACAAGUUUUCAGUCCUCCGCCCAGUACUUCCAUCAACACUCAGAGCACAGUGUCAAAUGUGGUGACUACCCAACAGCUGCCCCCUCCACCCCAGCCUAAGCCGACCAUCCCCAAAACAGAGCACACUGUGAUCAGGGAGACAUCUGAGCGUUCUCAGAUGGUGAAGGAUAGCACAGCCACGGUGAGGGAAGGGAUGACCACAUUGAAGAAAGGAAUGACAAAUCAAGGCCAGAUGUUCCUGCUACAGCAGCAGCCCGUCUACUACACCACCACCCCAGUGCUUCAGCCAAUGCAGUAUGUAGUCCAGCCACAGGUUCAGAACACCAUGGUGCUGGCUGAGGCACCAGCCACCAACCUGCAGGACAUGGUACUGGUUAACGGCACCCAGACCGGACCUGCCCAAGGUAUGGUCGUUCAGGGACAGACAAUGAUAUCCAAUGGACAAGUCCAGGGUCCGAGCAUGAUGCUGGUGGACAGAAGCGGGGUCCAGGGGGGUGGUGUCAACUUGAUUCACACUGGCAAUCUCUCUGGCUCACAGACGAUGAUGGUCGUAGAAGGAAAGGUCCCUACAGGGUCAAUGAAAGUGCUGAAAGGAAACCAGACCUGCUACGUGCCGGGAGGCACCCUGAAGCAGGGAGGGAUUUCAGGAUCUCAGGGAGUCUUGGUGGUUGGAGGACCAAUAAGCAAUGGGGGACAGCUGAUCCAGGAGACAGGAGAUCUGUCACAGAUGAGUGAUAUCUCUGGAUCUCAAAGAGUUCUCCAUAGUAAGGGCAUCACAUCCACUGGAUCUCAGAACCACGUGGUGGGUUCAUCUACCACCACAGUGAAAACAACACCUAUCCACCACAAGUUGGUGGUGCAGGAGACAAGAGAAAUUCACUGAGGGUGUGACUGUCAGGACAACAGAGAACUUUUUCAGUGCUAAUAAAACUGUUCCUCUGGCCUGGUCUAGAUGGUGAUGGGAUGCUUGUGGACUAAUGCAAGACAGCUAAUGGAGUGAUACUGCUUCCUUUAAGUUUGACAAAAUGUUUGUCAAUGACUUUACCCUGCCCCACAUUUCUACUGCUAUGAAGGUGGCUCAGAAAAAGCACUGCAGCACAAUUAUCUCCAGACAUCCCCUUCAACUUUUUUUGGAAUGUAUUUCAUACAAACACUUUUUUAUUACUUUUUUUUUUAAGUUAGUACAUUCUCAUGUUAUGUUUAAUGUAGGGUUACAGUUAGAUGCUGUCUGUCUGUCUGUCUGUCUGUCUGUUGUUUUGCACAAAUAACAAAAGUAAUACAAAAAAAGUCAUAUUGGAACAUGCUGUUUUUUGGGAAAUAAUUUUUUGCUGUGGAUUUUGUUGCUAUAUAUGUAUGUCUGCUGUGCACGUUGUCAUCACAAAUGGGCUUGUGUCUUCCAUAUUUUUAAACAGGGACAUAAGAGUCUUGCUAGUUAUAGUCAGGAUUCCACUUUAACCUUUUGCUGCAGCUUGCAGAUGGAAUAUAAAUGUUCUUGGAGAACAUGGGAGACAUCCACAAUAAAUAAAUAAAUAAAAAUACUUGGGUAUCACUGUCUA